AUGAUAUGUGAGACAUACUAUGGAGACAUUGAACGCUUUGCUGAGUGGACGAUUCUUGGAAAGGACUACCUAAACGAGGUGGAUGAAGAUGCUAAUAUUGGAGUUUACAUGUGUGCGCAUGUGCAGGAAACUGAUCAGUUCUUUACACAUAUAUUCAAAUUUACAAUUGAAAAGCCAGAUUUACAAAUUGCUGUACCUAUGACUGAUGCAGUGGCCGGGGAAGAGAUUGAGGUCACAAUCAGCAUGCCAAGAAGUGAACUCGAGAUUGACAUGACCAAUGGAGAGUUGAGAGUGGAAGGUGCAGGCCAGAAACAAGUGGUCAUCAAUAUACCGGAGGCAAUCCGCCCUGGUGAUGUUCUGACAAGGACGGUGAAAAUGACACCACGUUUCCAUGGAAACCGUACUAUCUAUGCUACAUUUAACAGCAGGCAGCUAACGAACAUAACGGGUGAUGCGAAGAUAACAGUGCUCAAAGCAUAGAUCAAUACCAGUGACAGGAGAUCAGUUGCAGGACCUGAAGAAAUAUGCAUAUUGUUGUUAGUUCAACAAGAGGAACUCAACUGAUUCUCAGGCAAUGACUAGAGAUAAAACCAAACCAUAUGGACGGACCAUGACUCAUUUUUAUAACUACUGGCAUGUCCUCAUAUGCUCAAGACAAUCAAUUAAACAGAUAAGAGAUAUUAGCAUCUUCAGUUGCCUUGUUUAGGCAAAUGCAUAUACGCAACUUAGGCCUUUAUAUAUAUUGCUUUUCGUAAAUUUUAGGAUAAUCCACCAUAUCACAUUACCUGAGUUUAUUCCAGCUUAUAUAUGACGUUUAUUAUAAACAGAUUGUUAUAUGAAUGAUUGAUCUCUAUGAAAAUACAAAUGUAUACAUAAAAGUGUAAUAAUUAUUAUACUAUAUUUGCAGAGCUUCAAUAAACUUACUUUUAAUAUACAUGUUUUAGUUAUACUGGCA